UUUCUACACCAGAAGAACUUAGUGAUAUUUUUCUUUUCCUUCAUUUUUCUCUGAGAUUUUGAAUGCAUCUGAUUAACUUAUUCAAGGACAAAAAUGUUGCUACGUAUGGGUAUAGGUAUCAUUUGAUAUUGUCUAUUUUCUGUACCGAGGAGUGCAUAAUGGAAUUUAUAUCUGGUAUCCAAAUGAAUUUGUCUUGGUGUUGUAGUGAAUGAAUGAAGACUGUAAAUACUGUUUUCUUGAAUGAAUUUUGUUAAUAUUAUUGAUAUUACAUUUUCUUUUGUUUAACCCAAGCUUUCUUCCUCCCUAGAAAGAAUGUAAGAUCUGGCACACAUUCUGAGUCUUAAUUUCCCACAUAAAUCGUUUUAUUAGGUGGAAUUUACAUCUGGAAUUUCCAAUCCAUUAUGAAAUUUGAAAAUCUGGAAUUUAAACCUUCAUCCCGUAGCUCAGAAAAUUAUUAGAUGUUUUAUGACUGUAUGAAAUGGAUAGACUCUUGGGACAUAUUGUCUCUCUGAUUUCUUUUUUCAUGCUGUUGGUGGGCACUAUUUUUAUCUUUCAGAUUUAGGGUCUCAAUAGGAUAUUAAAACCAUAUAGAAACCUGCUCAUAGUUGUUAAUUUUAUCUACUUGCACUUGAUAGAGUAUUAUUAUGUUAUUAAAAACAUAAAGAAACCUGCUCACAUUUGUUAAUCUUAUCUAUUUGUAGAGGAGGCUUGCACAUUUUAUUAUCUUCAAAUAAAGUACUUUAUCAUUUAAUUUGAAUCUUGUGCUGUUUGUUGCAGUUAGGAUGUAUGCAUCAGAAUCAUGAUUUAUGUAAAGAUGGGGACAAAAUUAAAGCAACCCAAGUGAGAUCAACAAUUUUGUCUAGAAUGUGUAGAAUACGUGAAGUUCAUGAGAAACAUUCAAAAGUAUUAGAUUGGAUGUACUCCCUUUGUUCUAGCUUCAGCAGCAUCUUGGUUAAACAAUAGGGUGCAUGAACCUGCUUCCCCUAUAUGCUGAUUGUCCACCAAUUGCUUUAAUUCCCAUUUCUGGAAGAUGGGCUCGUUAGACAUUUAAAAACAUAGGACUUUGGCUGCUUUAUUUUAUUUAGUUUCCUCUCUUUCGGUCUCUGUUCGUUAUUUUGUUCAAACAAUGGAAUAUGCAUGAACCUUUUCCUUAACUUUUAUUUUUUGUUAUUGCAUUGUAAAGAGAAUUCAUCUUCUCUGUGAAGUUUGGAAAAUAUAUACAUGAAUAAGCGACAAGUGGGGUAAAAGGGUGAUGCAACAAUACAUAAUGGGUGAUUGUGGGGGCAAAUAUUUCUGUUUCUUUUCCCCUUUUUCUCUAUUUCAAAUAUUAAAAUCCAUUCUCUUGUGAAAUAGCCACAUACCCAAUUGUUAGAAAGAGGACAUAUAUUGUGGUAUAUAUAUGUGCUUUAGAGAUAUUCUCUAGGUGGAGGGCCUUUGCUAAUCCAUUCUCUGUAUCUCUCUCUCUCUCUCAUUUUUGUUUUAAUCUUGUCUUUUUUCUUCCCUUACAUAUCUUGCUGGAGUAUCUUCCAUGGAAACUUCCCAGCCUCUUUCUAUUGAGAGCUUUUCAUAUAGCUGGCUAGUAAAUCUGAAACCAUCUCUUGAAAGCCUGGACAAUUCCCUUAGGGCCUCUCUUGAUGCAUCCGAUGAUGCUUCCUUCAUUGAGAUGGACCCAAAAAUGCCUCCCUCUAAAAGAUUCUUUAGAAAUUCUCAGGACUUCAAAUUUGAUUUCCCCAUUUCACAAUCUCCUCUUACUGUUGUUCAUGCUGAUGAGCUUUUUUCCAAUGGAUAUGUCAUGCCUCUUUUUGUUGAUCCAUUGAAAAUUGAGAAUUGUGAGGUCUCAGAUUCAAGCUCAGACUUUCCAGCCUCUUCACAUGCACCAGAAGUUGCAGUUUCAGCUAUGAAAGCUCGUUGUCCUUCAUUGAGAAGGUGCCGGACAUUAUCAAAGCGAAUAUUUCACAAGUACUUUGAUUUUCUCAGGCCAUUGUAUAGAAGAAUUCGAGGUCACAGGUCAAGUUCUAGAGCUGAAAAUGAUAAGAAAGUGCAGGUAGCGAAGAGUUGGUUAUAUUCAUCAGAAACAUCUCCAAGAAUAAGCGUAGCUUACUCUGUUGAUGACUGGCGGAGGUCCUGUGACUCUGAGAGCUCAAUUUAUGAAGCAGUUCUUCAUUGCAAAAGAUCCAUUGGCAAGAAAAUAAAUUGAGAGUUUUGAGACAAUUAUACAAAAAGAAGAAGAGAAAAGAAAUGAGAAAUGUCCAUAAUCACAUGGGAAGACAGAAGACGAGAGGAAUAAAGAAAGAUCAGAAGCCACUUUUCCUUUUCCUUCUCUUUUUCUGUGAGGAUAAUUUUAAGUUAGGUUGAUGAUGUGAGAUGCAACUGUGUGGAUGGUCGGCCAUGGAAAUUGUUGCCAGCUGAGGGAGAAAAAGAAUUGAAGACAAAUUAAAUUUUGCUUUUGUCUUUUUCUUUUGGAGAGGAAAAGGUAUUAACUACAAAGAUUCUCUCCCUUAUAUCUGUAAAGCUUUAUUAAUGAGAUCAAGAUCAUUUUAUCCA